AUUGUUCAAAAGAUUUUCAGCAAAUUGCAACAGAAUUUCAACGUAAAUUUCCACCACAAACAGCACGUGAUAUUCGUGAAAAACGUUUAGCAGAAUUGAUUAAACAACGAUUGAUCGAUUGUGAUCAUAAAUCAAAAAAUAAUCAUUGGCAAAAUAUGAUUGAAUUGUUGGCAAAAGCAAAAAUUUCACUCAGCGAAAAAGAAGGAUGUAGUAAUGGAUUAGUGCAAGAACGUAUUGCAUGUCUUAAUCUAUUAUCGUAUACGUGUCAAUUCAUUAAACGUGAUUACACGUUUCGUUUGGUACCCGCACGUGUAAUUAUUCAAGAGGCACGAAUAAUUGAAGAUGGAGCUGCAAAAUGUGCUAAAGUGACACGAUUAAUUAAUAAAUAUAAUCAACCGAAAUGA